UUUUAUGGUUUUAUUCAUUUAAGAUAUUGACCUUUUAGCCGUUUAACACGAUGGUUCACGUCAAAGUAUAUUAUACAUAAUUAUACUGUAUUUCAGAAGAAUACAAAUAAGUUGUAAAUUGAUUAACUGCAUUAUGAUAGUUCGAUAUAUCACAGCACUAAUAUCAGAAGUGUAUCCAUUACUUAUAAAAUAUCACAGGAAUUAUUAUCAAAGAAUGAUUCAAUAAAAAGACUGUUGAUACAGAGUAAAACGGUGAAACUGAUUCAUCCCAAUUAACAGGAACCUUAAAUAAAACAAAGAUCCCCGACUGCUUCCUGUGGUCUACAAUCAGGAAGAAACCGCCCGACCCAGACAAACCUGGAGAACCCCCUACAAUCACCUCGCUAUAUAUCGACUCCGACAUCGUUUAUGGUUAUGGUCAUUGCAGGAACAUUUAUAGACCUCGGGUUCGACGUUCACACGGGCCCGUCCAACAGUCCAAUAUGUCCAUGAGAGAAUUCUGACUACACUAAAAUGAGAUUUUCAAUCUUUUAUCGUUUCCUGUGGAUUCUCGGAAUACUUGAGCCAUUAGCUGCACAGAUCAGAUUUCGGAAUCCCUGGAUUAAUGUGGUUCGUCGUCACUCCUGCACGAUGAUAGAGUGCAACAUUGGGGAAACGUGUGAUUUAUCCUAUCAAAAUUGUCGUGAGUCGGGACCGUGUUUUCUAAAGGAACCCUCCUGUGUUAACGUCUUUGACUUGCCUCGAGAAGGAACUUGCCCCGAUCCAAGAUUAAACAUGAUUCAGCAAUUUUCUGUGGAUUGUUUUGAUGACGCCGGAUGUGACGCCCCUCAGAUCUGUUGCCAUAGCUUCACCGGAAGUUACUGUUGGUUUCCAAGAUCCCGACAAACUGUUCGAUCCUUGAUUCCGCGAUUUACUAACAGAAGUGUACAAAGAAUUCGGGAGAACGGAACAAUUGAGUUAACUCCACGGGAUGAUGGCGGCGAUUUUUUCCCGCCGGAACCACGCUUUAUUGGUAACUUGCCUGUUUUUCAAGAACGACGGCCGGAAACAAACGGUAAUGAUAACACGGUGUUUAUAUUCAGAGACCGUCAGCUAGGCAACGACAGGGUUAUCAACAGAGCAAGGGGACAGGACAACAACGAUCUACUUAGAAACCGUAAUGUUCAGAGUCCACCCAACAAUCGUCUGAUUAGCGCCUUCCGGGAGUCCCAACAGGACAUCAAUUCAGGCUUCUCUGUGUUUUCAGAGCCCCCUGGCGUUGUCGGUACUGGCAUCAACGUGCUGAACACCGUGGAAUCUAGAAUUCCGGAUCAAUUCACAACCGUGCAAACCAGUAACGUGAUAACGCCACAAACAAACAGACAAAUAGUUCCAUUCCGUAGGCCUAAUCCGAGACUCCCCAUUCUCCGUAAUCGCAGACCGGAUGUAGGAGCCAACAUAUUCAAUGAGCAGGCUCCAUCUGGAAUCCCUGUGUUUAUGGAGAACCAGCCAACUGACAAUUCUAGAAGAACUAAUACUAGGACUAGACCUGUACUGUUCCGGGCCGGUCCCAAUUUAUGAAAUUUUACAAUUGGCUUCAUUCGCUGUUCAUUGAAGGUGUUGAUAUUGAUUACACAUUCAUCGAGGAAAAUAUUAACAUCUUAUUGUGUCAGAAACAUCCACUGAAACAUUGCUCCUCGUUUCAUUUCAGAAUAAUGUCUAAAGAUCACGAUUGAAAAUUUCUAAUCAUUGAGAGAGAGAUUAAUAUACAUGUAACCCUUUUGGUCUCUUUUUCUACUCUCCAUUACAUGCAUAUGUUGAUUAUCAUGAAAUAAAUAUUGUUUAGAACAA